AUGUUCUUCAAAUCGCCAAAAUGCUUUGGCAAAUACUGCACCGAUUGUUUCAAAUUGGACCAUGUCAAGAGAGUGAUCGAGAAGGAGAAAGGGGCAGCCAUGAAAAAGAACGACGACAAGAAGAAGUCAAGGUCGUCCAAGAUGCGACAAGUAGCAUCGGAUUCCGCUUCAUCCGAUAGUGAAAUGGAAAUCGAUUCUGAUGUCCCAAAGAAGCCCAAGAAAAAGAGCUCUUCCUCUAAGACUAAGGGGAAGAGUAGGGAGACAGCUGCACACAUCAGCGACUGCAGCAUCCACUCAGAAGAAGCAUCCGAGUCAGAAGAAGAAGAUUUGGCCGAGAUCCUCUCAAGGCUCAAAUUGUCACAGAUUUUCGCCACAAAUGGCCGCGUAUUUUCAGCGCAAGCAGUUUCAGCCGUAGCGUGCGGCUUUUUUGACACACAUUCCAAUCCGAUCUCUACCCGGCGUGAGCCUCAGCAAGACUCUGAGCUGCCCAAAGCCUCAAAGCGCAAGGCCACCCCUAGGAUCGACCUCGACGCCCACUACAAGCGUCAGGAAACCAACAAGGAGCGUGGAAGGCUCCUCACACUUGCGUCGCUAGGUGCAUCGUCCACAGACAGGCAGCGAGCAGCAGCUAGGGUUGUAGAUACCACACACAUCAUAAAGCGCGGAAUCAUCUGCAAGCCACGCGAUCACACCCCACCGCUCGAACGCUACAAGCCCAGAAAGGGACGUCUUACCACUGGUGGUCGCAAGCCGGCACCACCCCCAGAGCUUAUCACCUCCAACGCAGUUCCUCCCCCUGUCAUUGCUCCCAUUCCAACUCGUCCCCUACCCAACUUCAUAAAGACAAACACCAUCGCACGUCCCAUCCGCCCACUCCCUUCCAGAGUCAGGCCGACGAUCCACAUCGAGACCCUUAUGAAGCAGGUGGACGCUACCCGCUUCAGGCUCCAACCCAUAUUAGGAGCAUUCUCAUAUCGUCUCAAGGACGAGCACCAAGGACCCAUCUUUAGCCUCGCCACAGAGCUCGAUAAAGUCUGCGCCGACCUACACACAGGGACGCGCACAUAUACGUUCGUCGAGAAGCAGGUUAUCAACAAAGUCUGUCUGGAGAUAGGAGGAAUCAGUUUCAAGCAGAUAGGAAAGGAAGAAAGGCUGCAGGAAAUCGCCAAGGCUCUGGUCUUCAUCUCGAAAGCGAGAUAUUUGCACUUUUUGUAUUAG